AUGUCUAGGCCGGGAGAGUAUGAGAUACACGAGGGUAAAUCUCAGUUCCCUUUAAGUUUAAAUGACAAAAUUUGUUCUUGUGGGGCAUGGCAAAUUUCUGGUGUCCCAUGUAGGCAUUCCAUAAGGGCAAUGAUUCAUGCAAAGUUGGAUCCACACAAAUUUGUUAGCUCUUGGUUUUCUGUAAAAACUUACAGGAGAAUCUACAACUUUAGCAUUAAUCCGGUGCCUAACAGAGAUCAAUGGCCAGUGUAUGACAACUUACCAUCAAUCAAGCCACCCAGAAUGAAAAGGGGAGUUGGAAGACCUAGUAGAAACAGAAGGAGAGAAGAAGGAGAAGAGCAGCCAGGGAAAAGAUCAAAAACUGUGAAAUGUCAAAAGUGUGGUUGUUUUGGGCACAAUUCUAGGACUUGUAAGGGAGGUCUGACCGGAAAGGGAAUGAGAAAAACAGAUGAGCCAAUUGUGACAAAAAAAUCCUAG